AUGAAUAAUGAUCUAGAAAGGUUCAUCUCAUUCACAGAAAGUGGAAGAUUUUAUGAAGUUAAAAAAAUUAGAAGCCAUUUAUAUCCAUAUUCUGAAAAAGGAUAUUCAUUUCUUGAAUUAUGUUGUUACUACGGAGCAGUUGAUUGUUUCAAGUUUUUAAGAACGAAAUUUAACUCAGAAAUAACUCGAAAAUGUCUAGAAUUUUCAUUUUUAGGAGGAAAUCCAGAGAUAAUGAGUGAAUGUUUGAAAUAUCAAAAACCAAAUAAAGAUUGCAUGAAAUAUGCAAUUAUUUCACAUAACAUUGAUUUUGUUACAUUCUUAAUGAAUGAAUACAAUCUUAAGAUUGUUUUAGAAUCAUGCGUAAAAUAUAAAAAUCUUGAAUCAUUUUUUGUUGUUUUCGAUCAAACUAAUGAUGCUGAUAUUUGCUUUUAUUAUUCAAUUAAUUUUAAUGUCCUUUUGCUUUAUGAAUAUUUUCUUCCAUAUUGUUCAAAUAUCAACAAAAAAUAUAAAUAUGAGCAAACAGCUCUUCACAUCGCCACAUAUAAAAAUGAGUAUAUGGUCGAGUUACUUCUUUCACAUGGAGCAACUGUCAGUGAAAAAGAUCAAUCUGGAAAAACAGCUCUUCAUUAUGCAGCAGAAUAUAACUGUGAAAGAACAGCCGAACUUCUUCUUUCACAUGGUGUAAACAUCAAUGAAAAAGAUCGAUUUGGGAAAACAGCUCUUCAUAUCGCCACAGAAAAAAAUUAUAUUGAAAUAGCUAAACUUCUUAUUUCCCAUGGUGCAACUGUCAAUGGGAAAGAUGUAUAUCAUAUGACAGCUCUUCAUUAUGUAAUAAGAAAUAAAAAUGAGUAUAUAGUCGAGUUACUUCUUUCACAUGGAGCAACUGUCAGUGAAAAAGAUCAAUCUGGAAAAACAGCUCUUCAUUAUGCAGCAGAAUAUAACUGUGAAAGAACAGCCGAACUUCUUCUUUCACAUGGUGCAAAUAUCAAUGAGAAAGAUAAUUUUGGACAAACAGCUCUCCACAUUGCGGCAGAAUAUAACCGUGAAAGAACAGCCGAACUUCUUCUUUCGCAUGGUGCAAAUAUUAAAGAAAAAGAUAAAUAUAAACAAACAGCCCUUCAACUUGCAACAGAUUAUAAUUGUAAAGCGACAGCCAGACUUCUUAUUCGCUAUGCAAACGCGUGCGAGACCCAAUGGUAA